GAAAAAUUGUCAGUAGUUCUAGACUAAAAUUGCCCAAAUAACAAUGAAGUGGUUCACCUAUUUACUCCUAGUUGGUGUCUGCGCCAGCCAGGUGCUGUCAGCUCCUACCGAGGAAAAAAAAGAUUUCGCUACUGUUUUGUUGGAAAGAGCAGCUGCACGUGCCGAAGCAAUGGCCAAGAGAAUCGAAGAGAGCGGAGUCAUCGACAAAGCAUUAGCUGGUGCUCAAGCAGUUGGCAAGAAAAUUGAAGAAACUGGAGUUAUCGACAGAGCUCUAGCUGGAGCAGAUGCUCUUGCCAAAAGAGUUGAACAAACUGGAAUCAUGGACAAGGCCAAGCAAACAGCCGGACAACUUUACAAGCAAGUUGAAGACACUGGAAUCAUCGGAAAAGCUCAAGCUGAAGCCGGUAGGUUAUAUAAAUCAAUCGACGAUACCGGUGUUCUAAACCAGGCUAAAGAGCAAGCUAAUGCAUUAAUCAAUAGCCCACUUGCCGAAUCUAUGAGACAAAGAACUCACCAAGUUUUGGAGAAAGUAGGAGAGUCAAAAUUAGGUGAAGCUCUUGCUGCCAGGGCAGAGCCUUACAUGCAAGCUGUUGCCAAAUCUGGAUGUGCUCUAGCUAAAUCAGCAAACCAAGAUGGUCUGAAGUUACCUACCGAUUACCACUGCCAAGAAGAAAAUGCUUAAAUGGAGGCGACGACACUAAGGACCUUGCACUGUGGAACACAACCUUAUUAUAUUUCUAGUCACAAAGAAGUUAAUUUUGUAAACAGUGUUAUUUAGUAUUUAAAAUAAAAGUAAAAUAAUUACCA